AUGACUGCUGCUGAGCGUACAGAUAAUGGCCUACAAGCCAGAUUGGGGCCAGUCCUGCCGAAAGGCCACCAAUUCGGCAUCUUUCACCUCUCCACGCCGCCCACCAAGAGUGCCGCUCUGUACUCGGCGCCGCCCAACGAACGACCGGACCGGACCUUUUGCGAGAGUCACUUCCUCGCCGUUUCCAUCAAAAUCCCGAAAAAUGAUGGGGUAGCUCUGCUAGACGAGAAUCAAAGGGAUGUUCUCAUUCUGGGCGUGGAGAUUCUCAUCUACUCAACUAUGCAUACUACGACACUCUUCGUCUCCAAGGCCGACUCGACGGGAUACUUGCACUUACUUAAGCUUCCCAAGGGAACACCAAGUCCCAUACGGGAGGUUUGCGGCGCAUUUCUAUCGCACCUGGUCGAUAACCGAAGGCGCGAGGGCAAACAAUUCAUCGUCAGCCUGUUUGCACGUGCGCAAUCACAGUACCUCUUCCCCGGGAGCGUCGAGAAUAGCGGAAAGCAUGUGCUGGAUGACCGCGGACUGGUUAAGUGGUGGUGUCGCGUCCUCAGUCCGCUACUAGAAACAUCGCCCAAAGGAGACUUGCAGCCAUGGGGCAGCGUGAAAGGGUAUCUAGUCGUGCCAGGCUUGGAAGAAUACGAGACAAGGGCGUUUCUACCACGCGCGUCGCUGCCCUCGUGGUCACUCACGCACCCUUUGGAGAGAAUAUCACAUUAUACAAAGGAGCUCGACUGGGUGCCCCCGCGGUGCUUGAUUCCACGGUACCCCGACGACCCGAAGUCGAGGUUUCGAGACGAGCUGGACGAAGAGGCGGCGCAGACGGGGGGGAUGCGCAAGGCGGGCGCGUGGCAAAGCGUCAAGACGCUGGACGUGUUCUGGGAGAUGAUGGCAUUCCGGCAAGAAUGCUCCAGCGGUCGCAUGACUGGCUUCAUAUGGGUCGUGUUCGACGACGACCCGCAAGACGGCAGCGCUCCACGCGCGCCCGACACGCCGCGCAAGCCGCGGCCCAGCGCUGCCGCCGCGUCGCAGAGGGCGACCGAGAAGCGCGCGCGGGACAAGAAGAAGCUGCGAGAGAAGCAGGCGAGGGCGAAGCGCAAGCUGCGCGGACCCAUCGUCACGCGGCCGCCGCGCGUCAAGACGGAGCACAAGAACUACCUGCUGGCGCGGUGCCCGACGGCGACGCCGCACUACGCGUGGCCGGCAGGCGGCCGCGGCGAGCGCAUCGUCGGCGAGGGCGUGUACCGGCGCAUCGUGGAGCUGCUCCUGCACCUCGACUUCGCGACGCUCGACAAGGCAGCGGGCAGCACGCGGCGGUGGGUCGGCGAGGUGGCCAUGGGGAGCCCGGCCACUUGGGGCUACGAGGUGACGGGCACGAUGGAGGCGGUUCCUCCCGCGGAUGUCGGGAAGGGCGGCGGCGAUGGCGUGGCAGUGAAUAAUCUGUCAGGGCUGCUGGUGAAGAGGAAGAGGAGCGCGGCGGAGGACGGCGCGGCCAAGACGACCACGGAGGCCGCGCCGGAGGGUGAGGAGGCCACUGCGGUCAACGUGCUCGCCGCAGGGCUGGUGAGGAAAAAGGCCAAGUCGGAGGCGCCUGAGGAAGCAAGCGUGCAGGUCCUCUCUGCUGGCCUGGUGCGCAAAAAGGACAAGGCGUAA